AUGAGGCAAUACCGAGACAUACUUGCUUUCCUUGACAUUGAGGCCGGAGUGGAAAACUCAGAUGACGACGACGACGAUGACAUUGAUACAGAUUACUUUAUCUCAGAUGCACCUGAGACACCCUCCAGCAACAUGACUACUAGCAGACAUGACAUUGACCCGCCGGAACUCUGGAAUACUGAUGCUGAGUCCAUGGUAAACGACAUCAUCGAUCGUUACAGAGGUAGCCAGCAAUCCACUUGGAAAGCUCAACACGCGGCAGACCGAAAGAAAUAUACAGAUGGGUGGAAGACUACCAUUGCGUAUCUCCCUUCUAUCACAGACGGAGACAUUUGGAAAGUCGCCGUGACACCUGGCAGUGAACUUUGCGUUGUUGCAACUAUCUACGUUGAGGCUCGAAACUACGGUGCUGCCCUCACCGUUCUCAAGGGCAUAAACAAUAUCUGGCUCCGGUACUGUGCCCGAUCGGGUUUCCGGUCGGACUUCGAAACCGGUCACCCUAUUCAUACAUUCUAUGAUAUAGCUGUGAAUUGGAUGAAUAUGAGGCAGUAA